AUGACAAAACCCGAAGAAGCCGACAUGCCCAUGGACUUCACGUCUUGUACUCGAUCAAGGCACGAGAAACAAUGGUUCGAACAGCUCAUACCGGUGUGUGACCUUGCCUUCAACUUAUUGCUCCUGAUGCUCGUCAUAAUGGCCACCAUAUUUCAUAAUAUGAGAGGAGAAAACGUCAAAUCGAUGUCGAGCCGUAUUCUGCUAGCAUUUUCAGCAAAGAAGAAUCUACGACGAUUGGUACAGUUACCAAAAGAUCCUCAAUCAUGUAUCACGUGUAUGUUCGGCAUGCGAGUUCUCUCCAUGAUUUGGACGCUCGUCGGGCAUUCGUUCAUCUUUAUUCAGGCAUACUUGGAGAAUGUUGACGAGUUUAAAGAGUCGAUGGUAAACAAUUUCUGGAAUCAAUGGAUCACCAACUUCACUCUUGGCGUUGACACCUUUUUGGUGCUGGGCGGAACAGUGCUCUCAUACUCGUGGUUCAGAAAAUGGCUGAAAAACACCACCGAAGAAGAGCCUACAUGGACAUCAUACGGCUACUGGUUACGCUUCUACAGACACCGAGUAGUCCGACUAUGGCCAGCCUACUUGUACACACUGGUGGCGGUGACUUUGCGGCUAUCGGUAACCCAUUUCCAUCCGAUGUGGCCACCAACAGAUCCAGCCAUUCAGUGCCCAAAGUAUUGGUACGAAAACGUAUUUUUCAUAAACAGUCUCUUCAAUAACAGAUGUCUACCGUGGACAUGGUGA